UACACUGAUCCAUACAGCUUGCUCUGCCUUGCGGUCUACGCAAACCCACAUCUCGUACCUCCACUAUCAUUCUGUGGCUCGAGAUCUCAUAAUCAUGGCCCCCAAAGGUGGAAACGCAAAGAAGGAGAGCGGGCGGGCCAAAAAGGCAGACAAUGAGGCUAAGAAGCAAGAAACAGCAGCUGCUGAGCGAGAGCGUAAAGAAGCCGAUAAAUGGCAAGAUAAUGCUAAAUCUAGCAAAUCGAAAGAGGAUAAAGAAGAAAAACGCAAGGCAGAACUGGCACGAAAGGCUGAGAACGCACGCCUUCUAGCAGAGGAAGAGGCGGCUGCUCCCCCAAAGCCUAAACCGGCGCCUAAAGCAAGCGCGAAAAAGCCUGUCAAACCUACCAAACCAGCGGGCCCGGGAGCCAUUGCUGCUGGCGGUGGACUUGGCGAGAAAGAGACAGGGGAGGACGCACCGAAGGAGAUUGAGAGCUAUUCGGCCACCGGUAUUGACAAUGCAAUCGAUCUUCUGGAAGUUGUCACUGCGAAGAAAGACAAAGCAAGUGUCGGACAGCAAGCUGCUGGAAUAGAGAGACAUCCAGAGCGACGCUUCAAGGUCAGUUUAUUACGUUUCUUACUGAACAGAUCUUACCAGUUUGAAAAAUUUCAGGGUGCAUUCGAGGCGUAUAAAGAACGAGAGUUGCCUAAUUUGAAAGUCGAACAUCCUGGUCUUCGGUUACAGCAAUACCAGGAUCUGCUUUAUAAACAAUUCCAAAAGUCUCCCGAGAACCCCUUCAACCAGGUCACGCUUUCCUAUGAUGCCACGAAGGACGACAAGGUUCAGGCUCUCAAGGACAAACAAGAAUCAGUCGAAAAACGUUUGCGUGCAUAGGUCGUGAUGUAUUUGUCUUCAUAUUUUGAAGUUAUUUCACCUUUUUUCUUCGAGAAAAUUGAGCCUGUGUAACAAUUGCGUGCCAGGAUAUGUAUCCUUACAUGUUUUACACUUGUAAUCAAAUUGAGUUACUGUAUCCUUCUUUUUCAUCAUCUCUCUUUGUAACCAUGAAUCCAAAUGGCCUCGGUAAUAAAUCAAGUUUCAUUG